UCCGCGAUCUUUCACCCUUCCACCUCCACCACCUCACACACAACCUUUUUGUCUAGAAGAUUCCCGUCGUUCUCUACAAAUACCACUCACGCUCCUUUGAGUCUUGACAGCGCCACUCACUGCAGCGCUCCCGCUAGCCACUAUCCUACUCCACCCUCCAUUCUCCUUCGACCAAGACUCCACACAGACCUACUCAACCUACCUCGUUGCCGCUAUGGCUGCUCCACUAUCUCCCCACCCUGUCUACCACGACCCCAUCCCAACAUCCCGCCGUAACUCCAGUCGCAAGACCAUCUCUUGCCUCUCACGCACUCCCUCCAACGUCGAUGCUCCUCGCACUAGCUGCCCCAAGGACGGUGAUGCAUUCAGUUAUGAUCCCUCUCACCUCCGCCACUGGUACUGUCCCCAAGAGCUCUGGGACCGUCUUCCCAAGCAAGUCCAGUCCUGCCUCGGCGAUGUUCAGCAUGCGGGUGCCGCUGUCCUGACCGGCUUCGAGCGUCUCGACAAGCACCUCGACAACUUUGAUGAUAGUCAAGUCGACCCCAGGGCCACUGGAGACGAGCUUCUGGUCCACCUCGACGAGCUCCCGCCCCCAAAAUUCCGCACAGUCAGCAACGCCAGCAGCGUCUUCCAGUCUGACACUUCUUCGCCUCUCACCAGCGCAUCAUCCGCUUCUCAGUCAGGGAGCGCCUCUCCUACCACUCCCGCCUUCUCUAUGUCUCAGAUCAUGUGCCCUGGCUCGCCCAUCUGCUUGGGUCCCUCGGAGCUCUCCCGCUCACGUGAGCGCUCCUUCUCUACGCCGCUUAGAUCGCACGACGCCAAGUACGCCGCGGAGCUGUCGCAUCUACGUACCGAGGCCCUGCCACGUCUACGCCACAAGUCUUACAAGGUCGAGACCGAGUGGCAGGAGGCCAAGCGUGUCCCGGGCGCCAUAUCUGCAGAUGACAUCAACGCCUUCGAGAAUUUCUGGGCCGAGAAGAAGUUGCUGAUCCUCAGUCUCAAUGAGCGGGGCAAGCGUCUUGCGAGUGCCGCUGGUCUUGCUACCACCGGACUCGGCUGGUGCGCCCCGUAGAGGCUAGUGAGGUGGAUCUCCUCGACUUGGUCACUCGAAAUGGUUCACUGAGCGCAUCGGUCACGCGACAUGGCGCAGCACCCCCAGCUGCAGCCUGUCGACGACCAUGAACUUCUUUUCCUUUCCCAUUUCCUUGAAGUCCUGUUUCCUGGUUUCUGCUUCACUUCCUGUGCGUUACAAGCGAGGAGUUGGUCGGUCGGCAUUUAUUCAUGUAGGCAUCUACACAGCAGAUCGGGAAGAUCUACACUUGGAAUGGACUUGCGUUCACGAUAGAUCUCAUACACGCCCAUGUCUUCACGACGGCGGUCUCACGAGAGAUCCAUUUUUGCCCAUAGCGGCUGCUAUGGAGCAUUCUGGCGGGUUCAACCCGGCUCAUCUUAUAGGCGUAAGGUCAGCUCAGCUCAAAUAACGAAUCAUAACAUCUACAUGACGACUUUGU